AUGAUAUAUACUGAAGAGUUGGAGAAAGAAGAAGAUAAAGAUAUGGUUAUGUUGCAUUUAGUCAGAAGAAACAACAAGAGCUUUUAUGACCUUGCUAAGAUUUACAAAUCUGACAGAAAUUGGUUCUAUCGUGAAAACUUACCGAUUUCAAUGACACCGAAUGAGCAAAUAAAGGAAAUUGUCAAAAGUACUCUUCCUCAAACACACUAUGACAUCAAAGGUUGCACAAUACUUACAUUCAAAGAAGACUUACCAUUACUGAAGGAAAAAAUAACAGAAUAUUUCGAUAACUUCAAAGAGGAAGAAUAA